ACAGUACAUGUCGACCGGCUGACCCAGUUGCCGAGCCAAAAGUCUGUCUGUCCACCAGUCUGUCUGUCAUCAAAUGAAAAUCAAAGGGAAGAAAUCUAAGGACUAAGACAUUUCUUCACAGUGGAUGAUCUGUUUCUUUAAGUGGGGAUACACACUGAGAGAGGCAGUAUGGGCUGUAUGAAGUCCACGCUGAGCGGAGGUCUGAGCAGAGGUGUGGAGGUGAAGAGCGGCCAGCAGACUGUACGUACCGACUACACGCACUAUGUCAGAGACCCCACCUCCAAUACAAAAAACAACAUACAGAAUAACUCCCUGUUACCCGGUCAAGUGUUUCAAAAGAUGGAAGAGCAAAGCGUGGGUAAAAUUGUGAUCGGCCUUUAUCCGUAUGAAGCCGUGCAUCCCGACGACUUAGGAUUCAAGAAGGGAGAAAAGAUGAAAAUCUUAGAGGAACAUGGGGAGUGGUGGAAAGCAAAGUCAUUGACAACCAACAAAGAAGGAUUCAUCCCGUGCAAUUAUGUUGCCCAAGCCGACACCAUGGAAACAGAAGAGUGGUUUUUCAAGGACAUCACAAGGAAGGAUGCAGAGAGGCAGCUGUUGGCGCCAGCAAACAAACCAGGCUCUUAUCUUAUCAGGGAGAGUGAAACAUCAAAAGGAAGUUACUCAUUGUCCAUCAGAGACGUGGACGCCCAGGGGACGGAUUCCGUCAAACACUAUAAGAUCAGGAUGAUGGAUAAUGGCGGCUAUUACAUCUCUCCUAAAAUCUCCUUCCAAGACAUUGGCAGCAUGAUCAAACACUACCACAACAAAGCAGAUGGCCUUUGUCGUAAGCUGGACCGUCCAUGUGUGAAACCCAAAGCGCAGAAACCAUGGGACAAAGAUGCCUGGGAGAUUUCCAAAGAUUCCAUUAAAAUGGUGAAGAGACUCGGAGCAGGGCAGUUUGGAGAAGUCUGGAUGGCUCACUACAACAAUGCAACCACAGUGGCGGUGAAGACGCUGAAGCCGGGCACCAUGACUGCUGAGGCUUUCAUGGAAGAAGCCAACGUCAUGAAGACGCUGCAGCACGACAGGCUGGUGCGGCUCUACGCUGUCGUCACCAAGACACAACCCAUCUACAUCAUCACGGAAUUUAUGGCUAACGGCAGCCUACUAGACUUCCUAAAAAGCGACGCAGGAUGCAAACUGCAACUCCCCAAGCUCAUCGAUUUCUCAGCGCAGAUCGCAGAGGGCAUGGCGUACAUCGAGAAGAAGAAUUACAUCCACAGAGACCUGAGAGCAGCUAAUGUCCUGGUGUCAGAGAGUCUGCUCUGUAAAAUAGCUGAUUUUGGACUGGCCAGAAUCAUAGAGGAUGACGAAUACUCUGCCAGAGAGGGGGCCAAAUUCCCCAUCAAGUGGACCGCUCCAGAGGCCAUCAACUAUGGCUCCUUCACCAUCAAGUCAGACAUGUGGUCCUUCGGAGUCCUGCUCUAUGAGAUUAUAACCUACGGGAAAAUCCCCUACCCAGGUAUGACUAAAGGAGAGGUGAUCUCCUCGUUGCAGCGUGGCUACCGCAUGCCUCAGCCCGACAACUGUCCUGACGAACUCUACACCAUUCUGAUGUCCUGCUGGAAGAGCAAACCAGAGGACAGGCCCACCUUUGAAUACAUGCAGAGCGUCCUGGAUGACUUCUACACCGCCACAGAGGGACAAUACCAGCAGCAACCAUAGAGAGGGACACCUUCAGCCAAAGACAUUUCACAUUCACUCCAGAUUAUGUCUGGAGCUCAAGAUAUUAUUCUAUUUUUGUAAUAUUUUGUAUAUACCACAUUUUGUGUACUUAAGUGCUAUAUUCUGGGGAUAUUGAGGAGAUGGAUUUUGCACAAAAUUGAUAAAAACAAACAGAGUCUUCCUUUUGUUUUUUGACACUUGUGCUGAGGCAUUUUAGCAUUUGGACCUGAUACAUUUCGAUAUGCAUUAUGUUUGUUGAGGGACUGCACAAACAGCUGACAUUAUAAAAAUAAUUUGCAAAUGUAGGACUGAAUAUAGGAGGGUAAGAGUCUUGAUUUUUGUACAAACUGCUGCCUUAUAGAGCAUGGGUAUGUGUAAAUAAUAAGGCAAAAUGGAAAACUGGAUAUGCUGCAUAUAGAAAUAGCUGUCAAAGGUACGCUUCUGGUCAUCCUUUCAUACUGAGCAAACAUUUAGAGAUCAUAUAUUUGACUUUAAAAUGGUAAUGUCUAAUUUUAUUGGUGUUAUUUACAGUAAGUUUUUUCUUUGACCACAAUGUGUAACUUUUUACACAACACAGUUUUGACCACAAACUGAGUCCAUCUCAGAGGCUGUACUUAGUCUCUUUCAAACACAAAACUUUUGCCCAAUGUGUGAAUAGCAGCAUUAUAUGCUAUGAUGUUCCGUAAUAAUAUUUCCAUUUGUGUGAAUAGUUGAGAGCUCUAUAAGGUGUGGACUAUGUGUUUUGCAUUUCAUGAUAAAUAUUUCAUAAGCUGCUCUUACAAAGUGACGCCCAUCUCUGGAAAAGAAACAUGCUGUUUAAUGUUUGAGUUGAGUCUGUUUGCUUGCUGUUUCAUUGACCACCGAAGGGUUGAUCACCUUUAAGUCCACUUCAUAUUGAAGUGCUGUACGUAGCUCUUGCUUGUUUUGUUUCUUUGUUUAGAUGUAGUAUUGUAUAAUCAAAAGUAUGAUAUGGACGUUGAAGUUGCAUUUCAAUUAAAUCUAUACUGUGCAGAUGAA